AAACUUCAGUUUGUAUCCAGUUGGUUAGGCUGUGACUUUUCAAAAUGUCUACUCAUAAAAAACGUCAUCAUGUUAAAAGGGCUGCAGAUUUAGAGAGUGAAAAACUACGACAAGAAAUUGAGGACAUGGAAAAUGCUUUAAUUCUUCAUCAUAGAUAUCAAGCUGAAAGUGAAAAAAGUGUGAGGGGCAUGAUAAGAAAAGAAAUUGGAGGCUCCAGGUGGGAGCAUGGUGGUGAGGGUAAACUCACAACUUAUAAGUCUAACAGAGACCUGGUAACAACAGACAGAUCUAGAAAAGAUGUGGAGAGUGCAGACAAGAGGAAUCAAGUGUCAGCUGUGGGAGACAAUCAACACAUUCAGAGCUCUAAAGCAGAGACCAACCAUCACAGAAAGGCAAGAAACAGAGGCAAAUCAUCAGAAAGACAAGCAGAACCAAAGAAAACUCAAAGAAGGAGUGAAUCCCCAACAAAGCUUGAGAUUCAAAGUGUCAGGCCUGUACUGGAAUAUGUGGAACACCAGGGGUCUGGUGAUGCCAAGUCUAAAGGGAGAAGGUCAAAACAAGACGAUGAGGUUAGGAAGGUGAAGGAUACUGUAGAUCCUGGCCUUCGUCAUGGGAGAAGUUAUAACGUUCAGGAUACUGCUGGAAGAAAUGAGAAUGCUUUGAAUAACAACCAAGAGUUUACAAAGUUGAGGAGAAAUAAAGAUUUUAGUGAAGUCACUGAAAAGGUGACAUCAAACAGGGAUCAAACAAAAUCAAAAAGUGGUCAGGCUAGAUCAAAAAGUGGCCAGGAACAAUUAAAAAGUGGUGACCUUUCAUCAAAAAGUGGCCAGACAACUAGGAAAAAGACAGGCCAAACUGAAGAGUCUCAAACUUAUGCUCCAACUUCCCCAGAAAAUACUCACAGUAAAAGAACCAAUACUAAUUUUUCUAGACUAGAGGCUUCACAGUUGCACUCCAUACCAACCAAAGCCAAUGCAGAAAAGUCAAAGAGAGCACCAAUCAAAAUUAAUGUAGAAAAGUUAGUCAGCACUCCAACCAAAGUUAAUGCAGAAAAGCAACAAAAUGAAUCCUACAAUAAAAACCAGACUCCUAACUUCAUGUCCCCAUUAAUACCAGGCUACGCACUGAGCCUGGAGAGACAAAACAGUGACGGUGCAUUGAAGAAAACCAAACCGCACUCUGAUUCAAAGCCUAGAAGACAUACCACAGGUGUCGAUAAUGACCCUCUGUCAAACAAGUGGGCAGUGACCAGCCAAGGUGUGUCGUACCUUGAAUCAAAAACCUGGAGGCACCAGACUGUAGAUGGGGAUGACAGUUUUACCAAGAUGCACUCCACACCCAGCAGCAGAAGUAACAGCCGGUCAUCCAUGAGGAGACCAGACUCCGCCAGCUGCCUCUCACCUGAUGUCAUCCACUCUCCUCCCCUGUCCUUGUCAUCUAAUACCAGCCCAGUGCCCACUAAAAGACAAGAUAGCUAUUCAGAUUUUAACCUGUUCCACCACAGCACAGGUAGCCACUUCUCACCUGUGGUGCCUGCUGCAUCAUGGGAGCACGGCAACAUCUACACACAGCCAUCACAAGGUGUGCUCUCACCUGUGCAGGACGUAAACAAAAUACUAACAUUGUUUACAGAUAGUGGUGGUGUUUACAAAGAAAAUUCUCUUAGCCCACAGGGAAGAACUUUUUUCCAGAAAGAUACCUCAUUACAAAGCCCAGCCCCUGUGAAGUGUGACGCUGAGGUUGAGUUCUGGCUCCAUCAGCUGGGUCUCCAGUCUGUGGAGUCUUAUAUUGCUCUGUUUGCUGAGCAUCAGAUGGACAUGGCUAGUGUUAGACUCCUGUCUGCCAACUCCCUGAGAGCCAUGGGCAUCAAUGCUCUUGGCCCCAUCAUGAAAAUUAUUAAAGGUGUUCAGAUUUUGUGUCGAGAGGAUAACCCACCAUCUACACCAAGUGGAGAGAACCCAAAGCUUGAUGAAAGUGAGAAAUUACAAGACAGUGUUCCUUUGGUUAACAAGGAUAAACAAAGUCCACAAACAGGAAGUGAACUUUUGGCUGAGAAAAGAAGUCUGAUAGCAAAUCUGGCAUCUUUACAUUUAACCAAAAGCCCAGAUGACCAAGAAGGACAAUUACAUUUGGAGUCCUUAAAUGAAGCAGAAAAUACCCAGAGUUUUCUCCCCUCAGACUCUGAUCCUUCUCAGAAAACCAAAAACAAACUGGCAAACAUGAAGAUUAAAAACAACCUCUCUGAUGGUGUUGAUGAAAUUACACCUGUUGUUGAAUUAAAAGGGAAAGCUAAGAAAUCUAACAAAGUCAAGGGAAAGAAUUCAAGUUUGAAAGUGACAGGCAAACCCCCAGCUGCCACAAAACUUAGUGAUGAUGGUGUAGCAUCUGCUGCCCAGAGAAUUUCUAUCAAGCAGCAACAACAGCGUCAGAAAGAGCUGGCAGAUGAGAAGAACAUGGCUCUAAGAAAACAGAUAAGAGACAACAUGGCUGCCAAGCAUGUGACCAGAAGAAGCUCUAGCCUGGAGAGAACAUCAGUUCCCAAAAAAUCUGGGUUAGAGAGGUCUUCAUCUUUCUCAUCACCAAAGAUUGAAUCUAACAAUCUCUCUGGCAUGGAAGACUUUUUGUCAACUAGGAGUUUAAAACCAAAACAAAAUCCAGCUUGCAACCAUCAAGAGGAAAGAUACCUGGAUAAAAGCCUGGAUAAACUGGAUAUUUUUGCAUCUGAUGAUGGAGAUGCAGGAAGGGAAGGUACUUACAGCAAAGAUGCUGCCUUAGGGACUGUGAGAGAGCUACAGAAACAGCUGAGUCAGCUAGAGCUGCAUCUCAUCCAGCAACAAGAUGACCAGAGCCCUGAUCAUCCAGAGAGCUGUGGAGAUCUGGUCACAGAACAGGAUGACCACAGUCCAGCCAGGCAGUCAGAGGAUGACCACAGUCCAGCUCACUCUGCCAGGAGGAGAAAUGCUGCAGAAAGGAGGCGGAAAAGAGCCGCGAUGGGCUGGGUGGGGGAUGAGGAGGGUGAAGGCUUGGUCUUAACUUCACCAUUUUACAAGUCAGAGCCCUCUUUAGAAUUAGAGAUACACAAUGCUAUUGGUGCUGCUACUGACCAGUCAGAUAUAAGGAAAUUAUUUGCUGUGGACAUGGAUGAAAGAAAGCAUAAGGUAACUGAGGAUGAAAAGUUGAAGAAUAACAAUGUGGGAUCUUCAGCCCUUGUUAGAAAGAAGAAACAAAAUACUUUUGAUGACAGUAAAUUUUCCAAACCAACUAACAGAUCUAGACUAGACCUACUGACUGUUGGCUACCAUAUUGAAAACCUGAAGAAAGUGGAACUCAAUAGACAUGACAUUGAUUUUAAUAUUUCAGAUCUACUUGGAGACGGAACCUUUUCUCAGGUGUAUAAAGGUAAAUACCAGGACUCAGGUGUGGCAGUGAAACAGCUGAAGACAUCUCUUGUGGCUGCUGAUAGGAACUACUUUGCUGCUGAGGUGUCAAUGCUGCAAGAACUUGAACACCCCCAUGUUGUCAGGCUGCUGGGUGUCUGCAUCACAGACAGACUUCCUCUCAUUGUCCUAGAGUUCAUGUCAGGUGGCAACCUUCACACGCUACUACAUGACCACACCAGGCCAUCUCUGAAGCAUGAAGAGUAUUGUAAAAUUGGCCAGGAUAUCAGCUCUGGUAUGCUGUACCUCCACCAACACAACCCUCCUGUUCUACAUUUGGACUUGAAAUCUCCCAAUGUUUUACUUGGCCAGGAUCUGCUUGCCAAAGUGGCUGAUUUUGGAUUUUCUAAGCUAAAACAUGAGGCGGAUGCUAAAAUGUCAAGGGCAGGUAAGCCAAAGCAACCCCAGCAUGCACCUGCUUGGAUGGCCCCAGAACUGAUCACUAUAGGGGAGGUCACUGCUAAAGCUGAUGUUUACAGCUAUGGGAUGGUCUUAUGGGAAAUGUUAACCAGGCAGACACCUUAUAAUGGAUGCUCAGUCUAUCAGGUUUUGGAGCAAGUGAGAAUGAAGAAGAGGCCAGAGAUUCCUGGCCACUGUCCAACAGAACUGACCAGACUGAUAGAGAGGUGCUGGGACCAGAACCCUGCUGCCAGACCCAAUUUCAAGGAAGUUUCCAAGAGUUGGUGCCAGAUUGCUGAGUCAGCACAAAUAGUUGUAGCAGCAGCCCAAGAAGUUGAGCAGCAGGUGUCUAGUAAAAUGUUACAAAAACUUGCUCAAGUCUGUAGCCCCACUCCAGUACUGGAACAGGAAGUUCCAGACUCAGCUAGGAUGGAAGUGCUUUCAUUUUCAUCAGAAGGAAGUGAAGUAAGGGAGAGCAGUAGCAGUGACUGUGAUUUACUCCCAGGAGUUACAUCCCCUGGUACAAUAAAUGUGAUGGCACACAAUGAGAAAGCUGAAGACUAUAAACCAAAUAUUGCUAAAAAAUCAGAGCCUGCAGCCAAUGUAAAUCAGCAGGUGGAUAAAUUGCUACAGGAUAACUCUCAAUCACUACAGGAUAACUCUGAAUCAUUACAAGAUAUCAUGAAGAGGUACCUCCCCUUGUCACGCCCCCACUCAACCCCCAGCAAGUCAUUUGAUCAGAAAAAACCUAGUCAUUUAAAUCAUGAGAAACUGCUUCCUCUCCGGCAUUCAUUAGACAAGCCCCACCCACUACCACUGUCAUCAGUCACAACCUCACAACCCCUGACCACUAGUGUUAGCCCUACCUUGCCAGCUAAGCUACCUAUCACUGCAUCAGUGAAUUUCACCAGGAAACCUAACUCUGAUCAGCACAACAAGACUGGAACUCUCCAGUCUGAAAGUCAGUCUUAUGUGCCAUCUUUCUACAAGGACAUUCAACCUAAGAGAAAAAUAAUCAAAGGGAACUUACAAGCUGAUGAAAUGGGACAUAGAAGACAGAGAUUGGUUGACAAUUCUGGAGAUGGUAAAAACCUAAUUGACAAAUCCCUUAGGGGUGGCGAUCCAGCUAAAAUUUUAUCAGACAGAUCCCCAGAGGCAGAUAAUCCUUCUAAAACUUUGUCACACAGACUUUCAGGGGUAGAUAAUUCUAGUAAAAUUGUGUUGGACACACCAUCAGGGACAGUCACUCCAACUAAAGGCUUGUCUGAUAGUUCUCCAGGGAUAAAAAAUCCUUUAUUUUCUGAAAAUAACAGUUGUCGGGUUCCUGAUAUUUCUGAAAGUACAAUGACAGAAAAGUCAGAAAUUAGCCCUCCCAAAGAUACAUACACUACAAACGUGUCCAAUGCCGAAGGGGCACCACUAGGAAUUAACAAACCUACAGAGUUGUCUUUCUUGCCAUUUAAAUCACCUUCUAGUCCAUCCAGUCUCAGUGACUCCAUGUCUCGUGAUCCCACUGAAACAACACAUAAAGAUCUGUCUACCACACCUCACACAACUUCUAGCCCUGCUGACAUAGACAAAAACUUUAAAAACUCUGACCCAACAUUUUUACAAAACAAAACCAGCCAACUCACUGACACUGUGUGUUCAGAUACUAAGCCUGUCAGAUACAGACCUCUUGCUCGAGAUUUAUAUUCUGAGCUAAGUACAGAUAUUUCUUUAGAUAGCCUGGUUUGUGAAAAAGUUGGAUUAAAAGUGGAAACAAAUAACAAAACAAAUGAAAGAUAUAACAGCAGUGUCAAAUUAACAGAUGAUGUGACACGUGAAGCAUUGAGAACUAGGCACAGAACUUCCUCACCUAAAUCUGAAGCCAGAAAAUCUGACAAGUUUAACCACUUUAGGGUUGUCAGCUCAUCACAACAAAAACUUGACCAAUCAGAUUUUAGGUCAUCACAACCAAAACUUGACCAACCAGAUGUCAGGUCAUCACAACAACAAAAACUUGACCAACCAGAUAUCAGGUCAUCACAACCACUAAAACUUGACCAACCUGUUAGGUCAUCACAACUAAAACUUGAACAGCCAGUAACCAGGUCAUCACAACAACAAAAACUUGACCAACCAGAUGUUAGGUCAUCACAACAACAAAAACUUAACCAACUGGUUUCCAUGCCUGAACCCAAGAGAUCUGACAAGCACAACCACUUCAGUGUUGUCAGUUCAACACAGCCACUAAAAAGCAACAGGUCUACCAGCAACACAAAUUACCAAAGCUUUUUCCUUCAUCCCCCUGAUGACACUAUGGGAAACCUUAGAGAGCCAGAAGUGGGGAGGUUUAGCCUGAACACAGUAGACUCACUUGAUGGGGUCUUGGGUAAUGGAGGCACUGCUGUAAAUUUUGUGUCUUCUAAUGAUGCUGUGAUCAGGUUAGAGUUUGCUAGAAAGUUUAGUGAGUUGAAUGUUCACCUAAGUCAGGAUGACGCAACUCCAAGGGAUUCACUGGAAUUUGACAAUACACAAAUGUUACAAAUGGACAAUGAUACCGCCCAAAAGCAGCAUACAGUCUCUGAAGCUGGACAAUAA